GCUAAAAACUUGAACCAAAUCCAAUGCCAACCCACCACCAUCCGUACACUUGCAUCCUUCUGUAACCCAGCAAGUGGGAGCGUCUCUGUACGUGAUACUCUCUCACACAGAGAGAGAGAGAGAGUGAGAGUGAGACGCAGACCCAGGAUUCAUUUUCCCAAGGAUCAGGGGUGCACGUUUACUAUCCUCCACCUACUCCCUCACUGUCAUAUGACUCAUAUCUCUCCCUCUUUGAAAAACUGAAGAAAUAAAGAGGAAAGGAAAGGUAAGCCAAAGUUCCUCGGAAGAAAAUAAAGACAUUUACUACUCCGAAAGAGUGGAUUUGAGAAUUUGUUGCUUCCUUUUCUUCAUUUAAAGAGUUGAUUUGGUUGUUGGUUUGGAGCUUCUUGGUCUGGAUUUCAUACUGCGGAGUUCCUCUUAAAGUUUUCCUUUUCCCCCGAAAAUUUGGAUCUUUUGUGCGUGUGCGUGUUUUUUUUUUCACCUUCCGGUUAGUCUCUGGUGGAUUUGAUUCUCAUUGAAAAGUGUAACUGUUGCAUUGAUUUCAAAGUUAAAUUAUUUAUUCUUAAUUUUUUUAUUAUUUGUUCAAUGCGGCUUCUCUUCCCUGUACUAUGGUAUCACAGACUCUUUUUUCUUUGUAGAAUUUAUGAAGUAUAUCUUAAACUUAUGUUUGAUUGCUAAUAAAGUGAAUCAAAGAAAAAGAAUCGAGAGUUUUGAGCGUACAUGAGAGGUUUGAUUGUGGAACAAAGGAAAACCAAUGGCCAAAGAAUUAAAGAAAGAAAAGAGAGAACUUUUGAACAUGUUUUUAAUUGCGAACAGCAGGAAAAAGAGGGGAAAAAAAGGGGAAAGCGGAGGAUAAGAAAAUUCAAGUGGGUACUCUAAUUGAAAGUUCUAGAGAACAUUUUUUGUAUUGAGGAAAAGUUUAUUUAUUUAUUUAUUUAUUUUAAAUGGUUAUUUUCAUAUCCAAAUUUAAUUCUAUAAACAUUUUUUCCCUUCAGUUGAUUGGUACUGUCCCUUUUGUUUUGUUUUGUUUUUGUUUUUCUGAGUUUAUGAUCUUUGUUCCUCUUGUAAAGUUUUCAAGUUAAGGUUAGAUUGGUGGCAGAAACAUGGAAUUAAGCUCAUAGGGGGAAGAAAAUGUUGUCUCCUGUUUUGGUCAUAAAAGAGACAGAAAGAAGCUUAAUCAUAGUAAAUAAUUAGUAGCCGACGUGCACCCUGUGAAUCUUCACCAUGUCGAGGCAAGCUCACCUCCCUCCACGCUGCCCAAUUCAAAAGAAACCCAUUGCUGGCCCACUUCAUGACUCUGUCUUUCAACCCUUGCACAUCACUGAAUCAUACUCGCUGCACCAUAAGUCUUCCUCCCAAAGAUCCAUCCUAGAAGAGCAGCCAGCAUGGCUUGAUGACUUAUUAAGUGAGGCAGACUCAAACUCCAGAGGAAUGUCACAUCGUCGAUCAGUUAGCGACUCUAUUGCACUUUUGGAUGCUCUUGCAGACGCAUUUCCAAGUCUGACCCCAAGUAAAGAUGCUGAGAACUCGGUUGUUAAUGAGACUUGUAAUGGUUUGGAUUCAGCUUGUACCUAUGGUCCCAAUUCCCCUCGGCGAAAGAGCAAUUUAACCUCUGUAGAGAAUGCCUUAGUUUCAGCAUUGUCAGAAUAUGAUUCCCAGGAUUCUAUGCAUUAUGUAGAUGGGAAUCUUCACAUUUCUGCAAGUGCUCACUCUGAUUUGAAAGGAGAUGAUUAUCAUUCAAUCGGCGGGCUGAACACAGAGAAAAAGGAUUCAAAACGGCACUCUGGGCAGCGUUCAAGGGUUCGUAAACUCCAGUAUAUUGCUGAACUGGAAAGAACUGUAGAUGUUUUGCAGACUUUGGAGUCAGAUUUGGGAGUCAGAGUUGCUGCUCUUCUUCGGCAGCGUGCUGCUCUGUCCAUGGAAAACUACAAAUUAAAGCAGCAGGUGGCCAGAUUGCAGCAAGACAAAUUAAUCACGGAACGUCAAUAUCAGUCUCUGAAGAAAGAACUGGAGAGAGUUAAAAUUGGUUUUGCAAAAUCUCCAAAUAGCAAGGUCAGCUCAUAUUUUGGGUCUAGUCCUGCUGCUGAGGGAUCUAGAUCAGAGGCUGCGUGGCAGAUGUUAGAUAUGGGAAAACUUAACAUUAGUUGAAUCUAAAAAUACUGAAUUAUGACUUUUAUAAUUGUGGAACUGAAAAGAUAUGGCCCUUUGCUUCAUCCCCAACAUGUUCGAAGCGGAUCCAUCCAAAGCUACAACAUGUUCUUUUUAGAGCCAUUUCUUUCAGUCUCACUCCUAAACUGUAGUCUUCAGAUGACAUGUGGUACUUGAUGUUCUGGCAACUAAUCUUUAUAAUGUAAGUGGAAAGUGAGACGAUCUUUUGUAGAUUUAUCUUCGGACUCGUUACAAAGCUAGAGAAUAUAUUGGAGCGUUCAAGGAAUCUCGUAAUGCCGGGA